GUGAGGGUGAGGAGGGUGAGUCAGUGGUGAAGGUAAUACAGUGUGUACACAUGAACUAUGAAAUACACCAGUAAAAUAGACUAAAUUAUUCUUGUCCCUCAUCCCGGAACAACAGUAUGGAUCACAGGUGCAGAAAACGAGUGAGAGAAGCCAAAAAGAAAGCUCGGCCAGAACUAUGUGUGGAAAAGGGUGUAUGGACAAAACUUGACUAUAAAAACAAGUUUGAUUGCUCGAUUGAAAAGGUAAAAGACACAGCUGAGAGGAUCCACGUUGAUGAAGUUUCAGUAGAAGACUUCAUUACACGUUAUGAGAAACCUUAUAAGCCUGUAGUGGUAAAAGGAAUCACGGAAAACUGGAAAGCUCACUACAAGUGGACUUUAGAGAGACUUGCCAAAAAAUAUAGGAAUCAAAAGUUCAAGUGUGGAGAAGACAAUGAAGGUUACAGUGUAAAGAUGAAGAUGAAGUAUUAUAUAGAGUAUAUGAAGACGACAGAGGAUGAUAGUCCGUUAUACAUAUUUGACAGUAGCUUUGGUGAACAUGUGCGUCGUAAAAAACUUCUUGAGGACUAUGAAGUACCCACAUAUUUUCGAGAUGAUUUAUUUAAAUAUACUGGUGAAGACCGACGCCCUCCAUACAGAUGGUUUGUUAUGGGACCUAGUCGUUCUGGCACUGGUAUUCAUAUAGACCCACUUGGAACUAGUGCUUGGAAUUCACUGUUACGUGGUCACAAACGAUGGUGCUUGUUCCCAACCGAUACACCAAAGGAAAUGAUAAAGGUUACUUCUGCAGAAGGUGGGAAGCAAGUAGAUGAAGCAAUAACGUGGUUCUCCAUCAUCUAUCCACGUACACAGCUUCCCACCUGGCCGGAGAAGUACCGACCGCUAGAGUUAGUACAGGGACCCGGGGAGACAGUGUUUGUGCCUGGAGGGUGGUGGCACGUUGUUAUCAAUAUGGAUAAUACCAUUGCAAUCACACAAAACUUCAGCUCCUGCACCAAUUUCCCAGUUGUGUGGCACAAGACCGUGCGGGGCCGCCCAAAGCUUUCCAAGAAGUGGCUUCGAGUGUUAAGGGAAAAGAAACCUGAACUUGCAGCAUUAGCAGAUAGCAUUGACACGAGCAAAAGUUCUGGUAUGGCAUCAGAUUCAUCAUCUGACUCCUCUUCCUCUUCCUCAUCAUCUGAUGACUCAUCAUCUUCUGAAAGUGUGUCAGAUAGUGGUCAGGAAAGUUUACCUGAGCACAAAAAGAAGAGAAGGAAGCGACACAUUUCACCCCAUCAAUCUUGAGGAAACACUCCGGAUAGAUUAUAAAGAAAUUAGUUAUCAUUUUACAGAGUACAGUACAGUAAUCACCCAGGAUAAAACGAUAGAGCAGUUCAAGCGUAAAAGUUUGCCCCUCAUAGUAAUGCUUAUUUUCUCUCCACUGGUAAUAUUUAAUAAACUCAGUAGACUCUUAUGUACUCUUAUUAUUGUAUUUGUGAAGAUGGGCAUUACCAGUGUUGUGUUUUCAUCUUGGAGUGGUAACCAAGGCAGUAGAGUUUCGUUCUCUCUCUCUCUCUCUCUGUAUUACAAUAUAUUUAAUUAUUGUAAACUUUAACUUUUCUUUUAUUAAUUUUUACAUUGUCACCAACCUAAUUAUACAGCUGUGUUUAUGGGAGUGGAAAAUUCAGUCAGGGUAUCUCCUCAUCAUCCCCGAGUCUUUCAACACAUAUAGGGUGUCUGUCUCUACUGGUCCUGAAGUUUGCUCUGUUGAUUGGUACACUCGGUGAAUAAUUGAGGCAUUGACUAAAGCAGGGGAUGCUAGUGCCAGAUGUGCAAAUUGAAGAUGAGUAUUUUUCCAUUUUCUAUUUUCUAUUCUCCAUCAAUUGGUAUACAUACAUACAUCCACAGCUUACACUAUAGCAUGUGGGACCCCCUGCAAGUGGCAAUGUUUUGAGACGAUUGGAAAAGCAGAUAUAUUGUUGUUCGAUGAUUUAUGGGAACCAUGCAACUACAAUCUGAAGAAUGCCUAUCUUCACAAGGCCCUUCUAUGCCCGAGGUCACAUAUGCAUAAUCUUUGAUUAUCUAUAUCUCAAAAUGUCAGAUUGGCACUUAUGCCCCUGCUUUGGGCAAAGCCUCAAUUGUUCUAUCAAUGCUCCUCGUACUUAAAGGAGAAGUUCAAAGUACAGUAUAUAUGCUAUUGAUAAGUUUUUUUUUUUUUUAUAGAAUUGCCAUAAGACAUCUCACAGAACAACUCGUAUAGAAUUUAAAAGUACAUUUUAAGAGGUGUGUUUGUCACCCACUUCUCCAGGCUCCACUUGAGAACUGCAUCAUGUUUACAGUUUUACUGGAACUAAAAUAGAUUCUCAUGAUAUUCACAUUAUGCUCUUCUUAAACAAGAUGUAGAAACCUAAUGGUUCACGAGUUUUUGCAUUACAGUAUGUGUUGUAAUGUAUCACUGCAACAUCACUGAGGACAUUUACUCUAUAUAUCACAACAUAGCCGGAUGCAUCACAAGCGACAGUUGAGGCCAAGUGAGAGUAAGAGCGCCAAUUAGCUUCAUGUUGUCUGCUAAUUGUUCCAUGCUUAAACUCAACCAAGUAGCAUCACUGUGAGUAGGACAAGUUAGGAGAGAAACAUCAUUUUUAUUGUUAUUUUAAAUGGUUAUUUUCCUCUUUACAGUUGAUUACUACAUAUUUAUUAUAAGUAUAUGUGAUAAUUUUAUAAUUUUAAUACGACCUGUUUAUUUAUCAUUUGGAAAUAUAUGCUUGCUGUAAGGUUGCUUUGUGGUAAUGAUAUGUUUCAGAUUCUAAAAUACUUCCACUUUCAUGAAAUUGUGUUGAAGCUUAAAGAAGGUGAACAUUAUGCAAAUUAUGGGAGCUUACACAACAGUUUCAGCAGAUAUGAAAACUGAUAUUAGUGAUUCCUUUAGCUUAAUCUACUGUAUGUAAGUUAAGUUGUGGUGGAUGGUGGGUUUAUGGCAAGUGUACUGACAGAUGAAGUUAUUGUAACUAAGAAAACCUUUUUUUAUGUGAUCUUACAUACCAUAAUCAAGGCACAAUUUAGAUAACUUGCCAUCUGAGAGCAUUUUCAGAGGAACUCGACAUCACUGCCUCAACACCACAUUCACACACAUUCUUCAGAGGGAAAUUUGAAUAUGAUAGAUAGGCCUACACUUCUUCGUGAUACAAUGUUAGUUGAAGGAAUCACACAAUAUUUGCUAUUAUGGAGAAACAACAAAUCACUUUGCCAGAAUGAUGUAGACUUAUGUGUUCACACACUGCCUCAACUGGGUUUAGUAAUUGAGUCCUCAUUAAUGAAGUCUAUAUUGUUUGGCAUUUUGAUAAUUUCUUGUGUUAUAAAUAGUAAGUAAACAGACUUUAGUUUGAUUAUGGUACAAUAGUACAUCUUAAGCCACAGAUAAGUUUAAAGAAAAGAGUAAUAAUUCAAAAUGAUAGAGAAAUAAGCUACUGUACUGUUGAAAAAAAAAAUCCCAUUUAAUUGAUGACAGUCUCUGUUGCCAUCAGUUCUACGGUAAGGGAUGCAGGCAUAUAACUUCAUGAUCCCUCAAGUUUCCCUUGUACUGUACACCUAAAACAGAACCCUGACUAGUGUAAAGUCUGUUACAUUAUGGGGGACUAUACAGAUUAGGAAUAUUAGCAUCCCUGACUCGUUUACAAGCACAGUACAGUAAAAACUUGUAAGAGACUUGUGUUUGUACUUCUUAAGUGUUUGGAUUAGACUGUACUGUACUUGCCAUAUUUAAAAUUACUACAAAUAGAAUAUUAUAUAAGUAAUAUGAACUACACGGUGCAUACAUCUGUCCAGGGCUGUGUAUCUAGGCAAUUUAAAUGAUGUGGUUGGUACUGUACUGUACAUGUGCCUGCUGCUGCUAAUUUAUGUUGCCCAAGAAUUGUAUGGUUUGAAACCGUCGAAAUCUUUAUGGUUAUAUGAGGCGUAGGAGUGAUCACUCACUCUAUUGAUCACAUAUCUUUUAUGGUUCUGAAGUGUAAUUGAUGGCAAAAUAUUAAUUACUGAGAAGUUGUAUUAAAGGUACGGUACCACAGGGUAAUUGUUAUUUCCACUGUCAGUUCUGUAUGAGUUUUUGGUUGUGUUAUGUAUUGUAUUAAAUUAUUGCUGCUGCUUCCUUUUUUCUACUAGACUACAGUAUGUGGAUUAGGUCAUUCACUGGUGCCACUGUAAAAAUGGAAUUUUAACCUUCAUUUCAUUUGAGGUGCUUCUGAGUGGUGCCAACAUUAAAAUCACCUGAACAUGCAAAAAGACAACAUGUAGUUGAGUGAUGUUUAGGGCAAUUUAUAUUGAGAAAAUAGAGCGGUUAGAACAUCACUGUACUACGCUGUAGGUUUACCGGUACGUAGUUCAGUUCCAUGCCACAAUGUGUUCCCAUGAUGGCUCUGGACUAGAUAAUAUGUGACCCCUGUAACCCUACACAAGACUGAGAGGCUGCUAGCCUACCAUGUAAAAGGGAGCUAUUAUAAGAGAUUCAAUUUUACAUUACACUGGUUUUAAAAUACAUAUCUGAGACAUGACUGGUAAUUCUCCAGAGGUAAAGCAAAUUUGCUGCUGCUUAACAGAAUUUUGCCUGAUUUUUUUUUUUUUUUUUUUGGCCUGUCUCACUUCAGAAAGCUGGGUUUCCGGCAUCUUGGUAGUGUAGAUUAAUUUGGUCUUUUUCUUUUCUAUUUUAAUUUAUUUUUAUUUUUUCGCCCCCAGGCCCCAUUGUGGGUCGAUGACCUGUGCCCGGGUGGGCUAUUUCCUGUAAAAAAAAUAUAGGAUAAUUAUACUGGUAAAAUGUGCUAGAUCAGAGAAAUACAAUGUCGGAAUUAGUUUAAAUACUGUACUUUCGUGUGAAACAACAGAUAUUGGAAUAUAUUUUUUCAGUUUGUGUAUGCCACUUUGGAUGUAGUGUAGUUAUUGAAGAAGAAAAUACGAAACCCCGCCUCUUGGAAUUGUAUUGUAGUCAUUAUUAAGAGACAUUUAUACUGGAAUAGUAAAACAGUGAUAAUACUUUAUUGUUUUAUGGGCUUCUGUUACAGAAUAUAUAUUAUAAUCACCCAGAAAUACUUUUAAGUACUAUAGUUUAUAAUCAAGAUCCAAACGAAUUUUUUGAGAGAUAUUUUACCCUAAAGUCAAGACGUGGUUGUAGUAUCUAGUCUCUCAUGUCUUGAUCUAAAGUGAUAAUACAAAAGUUAGAUCUUGUAUUGGAAUUACAAGACCUUUAUGUUGCUACAGAAAAGUGCAGAAAUGUCAUUUUAUUGUAAGGUUAAUGUUUUUAUAUUCUUGCAUAAAUAUCCAGGUUAGGAGUACAGUACAGCACCAGAGGAAUUCUAAGUACAGGUAUAUAGUGCAUUGAGGAGUUUUUUGCUAAUACAGUAUAUUAGUCUGCAUGUUAGCAUGAGUGGACUUACUCAACAGUACGAUGUAUGUGUGAGUGAACAGUGAUAUAUUCAUAUUCUUCCUUGUAAAAAUUUAUUUUAACAGGUUCUUAUGUUUGUUGGGCACGUUGGUAACUCAAGUAAAUUUUGUAUCAUUAGCUAUUUUCAGUUUGCGGGAUGACCCAUUUCUGGUUCAGUCAAAUAUGGCAUCACAAGUGAGAUAAUCUCCAAAUGUCUCAGCCAUGGUCACAUAAGAGUUAUUCACCUUUGAACAAUUAAUGCUGAAGUCACCAUUUUUCACUUGACUUUCAAAAUUCCUUCUAGAUAAGACAGGUACUGUACUGUUCAGUCCUGGAGGGAUGUGUUGCUCUAUAAAGAAUUACCUGUAAACUGGACGUCACCACACAUGAGCCCAUGAGUCAAAUUUACACUCAAAAAGUAAGUUAAUUUUGCAUCUGCUAUAUGAUUAUGGUUAGGAGUUUCAGUAUCAUUAUCUGAUUAAUACAACUACAGUAUUACCUGGCAAAGACGUAUGUGAUGUUUAGUAUAAGUAUGGAUUGUUUUGGUAUAGUGUACUGUUGCCAGAAAUCUCUAGUCUUUAAAUGGAAAUCAGUAAAAUAAAUUUAUCUGAUACUGUACACAGUUUUAGAACUGAAUGAAAGUAAUGUGCCGGUAAUAAUAUUAAGGAUAAAUGAAGUUUUAAAUUAUUCAUACAUUAUUGCAGCCUAAAUCAAUGUUCGGGAACCCAUAAGAUAAUCAACCAUGCCAUGAUAAGUGUAUAAUAAACCUGUUACGGAACUCCGCAUUGUUAGUAAUUCUUAUUGUAAGGUAAAAAUUACUACUUGAGAAUGGGAUUGAGUUAACUACAAUACGGCUUAAGAAAUAUACGCUUUAGUAUUUAACUACUUUUACCAAUAGAGUAUUUAAUAUAAAUGACCACUCAUUAUGAUUGCAUAUUGCAGUAAUAUGAUGCUUAAAUUUAUUUAUUUCAACAGGAAUGUGUCAUAUUCUUUUUAAAAUGUCACAUCCAUUAUAAUAGUUUUACCCAUUACUAGUUAUCAUAAAGCAUUAAUGUGAUGUAAAUUAAUACCAGAGGUCUCCAUUGUGGGAUCUGUAUCACUAUUAUAUUUAUCUAGACAAGAGUUGGAUAUGAUUGAAAGUUUUUAACAUUAUUCUACAGAAGUGUUGUACAGUCAGGGUAAAAAGUUAGUGUGAAGCAGUGCAGCCAAGUUAUGGGAAUGAGUCUUGGAACAUUCUUAAAGUGACUGUCAACUGGUGCGGGUGUGUUGUUUUGUCUCGAUCAAGGUCAGUGCUGCUUCACACACGCUCUUGACCAUAACUGUACAUGUUAUUUUUAGGAUCACGACAGAAAUGACGAGAUGAUGCAGACAAGUGAGUCAGGUUAAACAAAGAAAGAGGUAAUUUUAUACUUGUUCUCUCAUGUCAUAUGCAGUACAGUACUCUGUAAUUGAAUUUAAUUACUAUCUAGAGUUUAUUUUUUGGCAUAUUUUAUGUAUCAUGUAAAGUAUAUGCUUGCAAGUACUUAUACAGUACUAUACGUAUAUCAGUUUUCAUAUUUAAUGAAUAGUAUUCUUAAAAGUAUUGUGUAGGUUUUCUCUCUCAAAAAUUAGUAGGGCCAAAUUGACAAAGGUUUAUGUUUCCAAAUGAAAUUCAUGUGAUAUUUUUAUAAAUAUAUUGCUGUCAUAAUUGUCAACACGUCAGCUAUUCCUUUUUCUACCUUCCUUAUUCACAUUUUUUUAAAGUAGGCUUAAGGAUGAUGUUGAACAGAGUAUACUGUGAAUUACACCAAACUGAAUUGAAAUAAUUAUGUUAUGCAUGGAAGUGAAUCCAGGUCUGCAUGAGUAAACAAAUACAGUACAUGAAAAUUAUGAUGUGUAAAUACAAAUCCUGUCACAAGUAAUGGGUCACUCCUGUGGGUGUUUGUUAAGACACUACAUCAUCAGAGUGAAAGUUAAGUCUCAUAGGUUUGACAGCCCUUUUGGGACAGUAUAGAUACUGUAUACUGUACAGUACUAUGCCUUUAGUACACAAGGAGACAGGGUGGCCAGGAGUGGACUUCAUUUCUCAAAGUGUAAAGUAGUAGCCAUUUAAAGCCGAGUUGACUGGGAGUGCCCCAAGAUUGCACCAGGAAGACUUAGGAUAGGCCCUCCACUGCACCCCUACUUGAUCAUUAAGAUAAAGGUAAAGGGAGAAAUUCAGGGCAACUGGAUUACAACAUCACAAGUAGAAAGAAAACUCCCAGCUAUAUACAGUAAUGUCUGGUCAUAUACUGAAGGCCAGUUAUUUAAUUCAGAUUUUCCCUUUGGUGGAUAUUUUCAGUUGGUGAUGUAAUGAGAUAUUCACUGCCACUGAUAAUAUCAUAUAUGGUAGUACAGUAUAUCUUAGAUAUCCUCAGAGCAAAGUGAUGUUUUGUACUUUUUUGCAUGUAACCUGAUGGUAAAUAAACAUAAUUUGAAAUUA